AUACCAUUGAGAGAGUGAGACGAGUAGUGAGAGUAGUAGCUAGUGAAAGAGAUCGAUAGAUUGAUAGAUAAAUAGAUAGAUAUCAUAGCAUAAAUAUAUAGUCAGAGAUAGCAUAGCAUAACAGAUAGCUUAGAGAAAGAGUAGAGAAUAAAUAGACAACAUGGUUUAUUACUGUGUUUGUGGCGGGUGCAAGAACUCCAGCAAAACUGGACAUAGGGUCCAUUGUUUCCCCAAGGACAAAGGGAUCUUCCGAAGCUGGGUGCAAUUUGUCAAGAUUAGGCGGGCAGAUUUUUCAGCUAGCUCUGUCACCGCCUACUCGAGAAUAUGCAGCGCGCAUUUCAAGGAGGAGGAUUACCACUCAGGGGAUGCCAAGAUGGUCGCACUUUCUUUAAAAAGUAUGAGGAUGGCUAAGUUAAUUCCUACCGCCGUGCCGUCUGUGAAUGCAAACCUCUCUGCUUGUCCUGUCCCGAGGUCGAGAGACACCGUCUGCCGCAAGCGAUAUAUUGCCACGAUGAUGACAGAUACCUCACAGCAGGAGACCGUGGACAGUGUAGACACUGUGGAGAGUGUCGAUACUGGCGAUCAGCCCUUGUCCUCCUCCACUUCUGACGCUGUGACACAGUGUUAUUUGAAGCCCCCCCGAUGGUCUCGCGCUGUGCAGGUUAACCUGAAGCCCAAGAUGGUCAGCGUGGGUACACAGACGUCUUUCAGCCCACAAACCUCCACUCCCCUCGCUAGUCCUGAACAGACAGAUGAUGAAGAUGAUGAUAAUGCCUCUGUCGUUAGUGACUUAUCGUGGGUGCCCGAAGAGCCGAUGCAUGAGGAGGACUUGUUUGAUGAGGAGCCACCUUACGCGUGUGACCCCCACCACAAUGUUGUCUGGGCUCACUGUGUGUCUGCUUGAUGUGCUUUUGCGUGUGUGUGUGUGAGAGAAACAAAAGAAACUGUGCAAACGUUUCAGGUCAGUAAUCUUCGUCCUUGUUCAGUAAAUGUUCAGUAACCGUUAAAAGCAAUGCCAAUAAACUGUGUUUUCUUAUCAAAA